CCAGCGUAUAAAAGGCAAGGGCGCACUCCGAGUCGCACACACUUUGAGUGAGGCUUGUCGUAGGCAUCGCACACGCACACAGCAAUCAUGUCCAGUGGAGAUAAGUCCAAGACUUCUUCCCAGACCGAUGGGAAGGCUGCUCAGAGCAAGAAGUCCGAGAUGGGAAUGAUGGCCUACAAGAUGUACGUGUUCGACCAGGAGAACUUCCAGGGUCGCAUGAUCGAGAUCAGCAACGAGUGCAUGAAUGUGUGUGAGAUGGGCAUGGACCGCGUGCGCUCCCUGCGCGUUGAGUGCGGACCCUUCGUGGGAUACGAGCAGAUGAACUUCUGCGGUGAGAUGUACAUCCUGGAGAAGGGAGAGUAUCCUCGCUGGGACUCCUGGAGCAACUGCCAGAAGAACGACUACCUGCUGUCCUUCAGGCCCGUCAGAAUGGUACAAAAGGAAAAAGAAACACUCGAGUUCCCCUUUUUUGCUUUUGACUGCCCCCCCUUGACCGUUUCUUUUUUCUUUCUCCCUGGUUUCGUCUCGCUUUCAGGACCCCGAGAAGCACAAGAUCUGCCUGUACGAGGUCGGAGAGUUCAAGGGCCGCAAGAUGGAGAUCAUGGACGACGACGUUCCCAGCCUGUUCUCCUACGGCUUCACCGACAGAGUGGCCAGCAUCAUUGUCAGCUGUGGAACCUGGGUGGGAUACCAGUUCCCCGGAUACCGCGGAAGCCAGUACCUGCUGGAGAAGGGCGAGUUCAGGCACUUCAACGAGUUCGGCGCCCGCCACCCCCAGUUCCAGUCCGUGAGGCGUAUCCGUGACAUGCAGUGGCACCAACAGGGCUGCUACACCAUGGCCAGCAAGUGAGGCUCAGGGAAGGAGAGAAAGAGAAAGAGCGGAAGUGAGGGAGAGAGGCGGCGGAAGAGGGAGAGGGGGAGAGAUGUCUGAGGCCUUACCUCGGUACCUUUAACGGUCUAGGAUCUAACGCAGCGAGGGGAAGGGUGAGGAUCUGGAUCUGCACCAGCUGGACCACCCUCCAUUCGUCUCCGUCUCAUCUGUCCUCUUUCUCCCCCACGGGCUGAGCUUUGCUUUCCCCCCUUUUCUCCCCUUUUUAAAGUCCCUCACUUCAGUCCUCUGCCAAACACCAAAGAGGAAGACAGCGCUGUCUUGCUGUGUUACACACUUGAUUCUCGGCUCAGGGUAUGAUGCCCUGCUUCUUGCCCCUGUGCAUCGCACACCCUCUCUGCUGUACAGAAUACUGGCCAAGUUUUCAAUAAAAAGGAAAAUCUUGAUUUUAAAAGAUGCAGUUGUUGUUUCUUAUUAUUGAAAAUGAAAUAAAUGAAAAUGUCUUUUAACAAAAACAGUAAGAAAAUAAUGAAAUAAAUACAAUUGUGAGAUGAAGAUUGUGUAUGAUAUGAUUAUGUAAGAUAUACAGUUUGUUCAUCCUGACUAGUUCUCAAUCGCUGCAAAAAAUCCCCCAAAUCCAAACAAAAUUGCCUUGUCU